CUGUUCGGCCUAAUUUUCAAUGCAACGUUGACUGUUUUACCGAACCAGAAUUUGAAGUUCGGCCUCAACGCUCGCAUCACUUUAACUUGAAAAUUUUACAUUUUUAAUAAUGACUGAUGAUGUAAAAUUUUUUGUAAGACCAAAAGUUAGAUUUUGUCAAACUGACACCAACGAACCGGUAGCGAGAGAAUCAAAACUUUCUAUAGAUCAGAAAAGUGCUACACGGUCGAAUAAACCAAGGAUUAGAAGUAUUGUGACACUUAAGAAACCCAUUAAAAUAUUGAAACUUAACAAAACAUGUGAUGAUCACGAAGAUGACAAUUUAAAAAGUAUUGAUAAUCCACAAAAAACUGACUCACUAACUGUGUGCACUGAUAUACCUCUUUGUACAGCUGACGAAAAUCCUCUUGAAAUAGAAAAUCAGAAACCUUUAACUGAUAAUGAAAAUAUUAAAAAUAUUAAAGCAAAUUCUGAAGAUAUUGAGCAAAAAAUUUGCAACAAACCUUCACACGAUGACAGAGUAUCUUCUCCACUAUCUUUUAAUAUAAAAAAUAAAAAUUUAAACAGACCUCUCAAGUCACAAAGUUAUAUUAAAGCUAAUACUUCAAAGAAAUCUGUAAAAAGUAAGAAAGGAAAGGAAAAUGAAACACUGGAUGCCAUAAAGAAUAAGACUGUAACUAAUAGAUUUACACCUUUAGAAAUUACAAAGUAUAAAGUUAAACCUUGCUCUAUUGGAACUAACACAAGAAAGGCAACUGUUGCAAGUAAAUUUUCAGUUCCAUCCAAAAGAAAUUUAACUUCAAAGUCAAAUGUUAUGCCCUGUCAUAAAUACCUUAAAAUUGCAUCCAAAGUUAAGGCCUCCCCUGUCAAAAAGACUGUGAUCCGUGAUAUAACUGGGCCCAAAAUAAAGUCUUGCAUUGGUCCAGGGGUAUCUCAUAAAAAGCAAAAUGAUUUGAAGAUUCCAGAAAGCGGUGAAAGUACUUCUAUAAAAUUAAGUAUUUCUGGGGAAAAAUUAGCAAGACCAGAAUACAAUUCAAUCACGUGUACAAUCAAUAAAUUAAAUGAAAUGAAGAAGCAAAAGGUUGUGAAUGAUAUUGAACAUUUACCACCAUCAUACAAACAUUUUAUAAAUGGAAAGAUUUCUACUGCCUUGGAUUUCCCUCUUGAUGAAGCCAUUUAUAAAGAUUUAGUAGAUUUAUCUGUAGAUGAAAAACAAUUACCAGGUAGACUGAUUCGAAGUAAAGAUCCAGAACCAAGACAAAAAGAUGCUGUGCCAGUACUAUCUGACUUUUUUAUACCUGUACUCACAGAAGAAUACUGCACUUCUAUUUCCAGUAAACCACGAACUCCAGAGACGACUGAAACUUGGAACGCUUUUAGAAUAAGUGAUAAAAUAUUCGAAUGGAAAUAUCUUUUGGAUCAUGUAUAAUACACCUGUAAUUUUUUUAUUUGUAUCUAAGUUUGUUGAUCAGUAUUUGAAAAACACUUUGGUAGAUGUAUCUUUUUUUUGUAAAAUACGAUUUAUAUUAAUACUUAUUAAAUAAAUUAUCUAAUAGA